CAGCCGUUCAUUUUACUUCCCAUAAGUGCUAGGCGAAAGCUUACAGUGAAGGGUAUCUGUGUGAGUAGAUGAAACAUUUUGCUUCUAAUAAAUGGAAUGUGGGCAAAUCUCACAGAAUUAUAUACAUGUGUCUUUGCACUUUUCUCAUGUUAUAAACAAUCCUGUUUUCCUACGUUUGGAACUGAUCCAGCUACUGAAGAGAAAGUGAAAGUAAAUGCAGGCAGUUUGCCUGGGCCGAGGGCACUGCUACACUGAAUAUAUAUUUCUAUCCUUCAAGUCUCCCCCCCAACACACACACAUUGUGUGCAUGGGAGAAAUAGCCUUCACUUGUCGGAGCCUUACUAUACUGGAAUACAAGAGAGGCUUAAGGGUGGACUUUUAUUUUUGAGUUACCUUUAUAAACAACCAAGGAAGGAAAAUGCUGAGCACUGCUAUAAAGCCACGAAGAAUAAAGGACCUGCCAUUGUGCUUUGUGGUUGUGUAUUUAAUGUGCAUAUCUUUCAGUAUUCAGCCUGCCUUAGCUGCUAGCAAGGCUUUAGACAAUGCUGAAAUGUUCCCUUGGAAGAACCUAAGGUUACCUACAUUUGCAGCUCCUUUGCACUAUGACCUUCUAAUCCACCCUAAUCUAACCACUCUUACAUUUAGUGGCCUCACCAAGGUUACAGUUACAGUAACCCAAAAAACUAGCUUUUUGGUCCUUCAUAGUAAACACCUGGAAAUUACAAAGACAACUAUAAAGAGAAAACUUGGAAAGGAUCCAGUGCUUCAGGACCUAUUGCUGCGAGAGCACCCUGUGAAUGAGCAAAUUGCACUUCUGGCUGCUGAUCCAUUGAUUCCUGGAGAAAAUUAUACAAUCUACAUUGAAUAUAAUGCCAACCUUUCAAAGAAUUUUCGUGGGUUUUAUAAAAGCACCUACAAAACCAAAGAUGGAGAGGUCAGAGUACUUGCAUCAACCCAAUUUGAGCCAACAGCGGCAAGAACAGCUUUCCCAUGUUUCGAUGAGCCUGCCUUCAAAGCUAGCUUCUCAAUUCAGAUAAGAAGAGAACCAAAGCACCACGCUGUGUCUAACAUGCCUGUAGUGAAGACUGUGAAUAUUGGAGGGGGGCUGCUUGAGGACCAUUUUGCUGCUAGUGUGAAGAUGAGCACAUACUUAGUGGCUUUCAUUGUCUCAGACUUUAAAUCAAUCAGUCAAGUGACAAAUCAUGGAGUUAGGAUUUCCGUGUAUGCUACUCCAGAGAAGAUAGAUCAAGCAGAGUAUGCCCUGAAGGCAGCUGUAAAAUUGUUGGACUUUUAUGAAGACUACUUCAACAUUUCGUACCCUUUGCCAAAACAGGAUCUGGCUGCAAUACCUGAUUUUCAGUCUGGCGCUAUGGAAAACUGGGGUCUGACAACCUACAGGGAGUCUGCGUUGCUUCAUGAUCCAAAAACAUCAACCGCAUCGCAUAAACUCUGGGUUACUAUGAUAAUAGCUCAUGAGCUGGCACAUCAGUGGUUUGGGAAUCUGGUAACGAUGGAAUGGUGGAAUGACCUUUGGCUUAAUGAAGGCUUUGCUAAGUUUAUGGAAUAUGUUUCUGUCAGAGUUACCUAUCCAGAGCUGCAAGUGGAGGAUUAUUUCCUGGACAAAUGCUUUCGGGCUAUGGAUGUUGACUCACUGAACUCCUCUCAUGCUGUAUCUACACCUGUGGAGAAUCCAGAAGAGAUACAAGAAAUGUUUGAUGAGGUCUCAUAUGAUAAGGGUGCUUGCAUUCUUAAUAUGCUGAUGGACUACAUGGGUGCAGAAAGCUUUGAAGCUGGAAUUGUGGAUUAUUUACGUCGUUAUAGUUACCGCAAUGCUAGGAAUGAAGACCUGUGGAACAGCAUGACGGAUGUUUGCCCUUCAGAUGAGACAAACAGUGGAUAUUGUACAAAGACUCGCCAAACAUCUCACUGGUCUGAAGGUGAAAUUAUUGAUGUGAAGUCAAUGAUGAAUACUUGGACUUUACAAAAAGGUUUCCCAUUGGUGACUGUAACAGUGAAAGGGAAGUAUGUUUAUCUCCAUCAGGAGCAUUAUCUCAAAGGGAGCACUGAUACUGAAGCUUCUGGAUUACUUUGGCAUAUCCCUUUGACGUACAUCACAAGCAAAUCUAACACAGUGCAAAGAUUUCUGCUGAUGAGUAAAACAGAUGUCCUAGUCCUGGCAGAAGAGGUGGAAUGGAUAAAGUUCAAUGUGGGGAUGAACGGUUAUUACAUAGUACAUUAUGAAGGGGAAGGUUGGGAUGCACUGAUUAAGCUCUUACAGGAGAACCACACAGCUAUUAGCAGCAAUGACCGCGCCAAUCUCAUUAACAGUGCUUUCCAGCUGGUAAGCAUUGGGCGAUUGCCCAUUGACAAAGCUCUCAGCCUUUCUUUGUAUUUGAAAAACGAAGACAAAAUCAUGCCGGUGUUCCAAGGGAUGGAUGAGCUGAUUCCAAUAUACAAACUAAUGGAGAAGAGAGAUAUGCAGGAAGUAGAAAGUCAAAUGAAGAAAUAUAUUCUCAAUCUUCUGCGCAAGUUGAUUGAUGCCCAGUCCUGGACAGACGAGGGCAGCGUUUCUGAGAGGAUGCUGCGCAGCUCGCUCCUCCUGUUUGCCUGUGUGCGCCAGUACCAGCCGUGUGUGCAGAGGGCAGAGCAAUAUUUUAAGAGAUGGCAGGAGUCCAAUGGAACAAUAAGCUUGCCGCGGGAUGUCGCAUCGGCUGUUUAUGCUGUGGGGGCGCAGACUCCUGAAGGAUGGGACUUUCUCUUUGAGAAAUACAAAACGACUCUGUCCGGGAGUGAAAAGAACCAGAUUGAAUUAGCCCUGGCUAUCACUUCUCUUAAACAUAAGUUACAAUGGCUGAUGGAAGAAGGGAUGAAAGGGGAUCAUGUCAGAACUCAAGACCUCCCCCAUAUUGUUCUGUAUGUGAGCAGGAACCCAGUGGGUUAUCCAUUGUCCUGGGAGUUUCUAAAGAACAACUGGGGCAACCUGGUGCAAAAGUUUGAGCUGGGAUCGCGUACAGUUGGCGACAUGGUUGUGGGAAUCACAAAGCAGUAUUCAACUAAAGAGUGGCUGGAAGAGGUCACAGGAUUCUUUGAUUCAUUAAAGGAAAUGGGCUCCCAGCUCCGCUGCGUUCAGCAAGCCAGAGAGACGAUUGAAGAGAACAUUAGAUGGAUGGAUAAGAACUUGGAUCUUGUUAAAAGCUGGUUAGAGAAUAACAGCUAGAAGUUAUUUGUUUAAGAAUCACUGACACUGGCCUUACUAAACACAAUUGGUUUUUGCUUUAACUGGUGAAUGUCUAUUUUAGGAAAUAAGGGCUGCACUGAAACCUGGAUUUGGUUUGGUAUCUGGGCAAAUGAGCCUUUUUCAGCAGGCUUCAGAUUCCACUGACUCUAAGCUGAAUCCUUAAAAUCAAGUGACUUUUUGUCACAUGAACAAGGAGCGGUAUUUUUUAUUAUUAUUAUUCCUUCCUUACCCUACUUUAAAUAUACAAAUUAGAGUUUCAAUUCAAAUUGGGAUUUGACUGAAUCCUUUGUUCAAGAUUUGGGUUUCAGCUGACUCCCAAAAAUAGGCAAUGGAGAUGUGCCAAAAAUCAUCCCGGCUGCCUCCCAUUCACAUGUAAAGGAAACACUUUUCAGCUGGAAAACACUCUCUGUAGCAUCUCCGGGUUGAAAACUGUUCUCGUAUAAGGAAUGGGAGACAGCAGGGCUAGUUUUAUCAUCUCUUCCCUGAUAAAAAGAGCCCCAUGUGCCACAAAUCAGCAUCUGUAGCCACACAUACAAUCUUGCAAGCCUGAUUUAGGCACCCAGGCGACAAGUUUAACAUGUUGAUAUCAUCAUAGGGCCCCCACCAAUCUGAAUAUUGGAGCCAGCUGAAAUAUCUCCCCAAGCCCCUAUAUGACUGGCCAUCAUUUGGGCCUCAAAAAUGAGCUGCGAUGCUGACUCUGGAGUGGCCAAAUUGGCAGUAAAUACGCAAAUGGUUCAGUCCAGUUGUUUAGCCUUGAGGUCAAAUGACCUUAUAGUAUAAGGGAUAUGUGUGGCCUUUGUACUUCCCGCUUGGCUAAAAAGACACACACAUGCUCAUUAUGGGCACUAGCCAUGUUUACUGGUUCACUGCAUCAGAAUAAAAAUUUACAAAACAGUUGAUUGAUGGCCACACACAGGGCAGAAAUCCUGGACUCCCAGUGUAGCUUAAGUGGUCUGCAUAAGUGCAAACUCGUGCACUGUCCCUUUAUUACCCCUUCAAACAUCAGGUAGAUUGAUGAAAGCUGUAUCAUACAGGAAUAUACUAAUGUCUAAAUCACAGGCCCCUGAUACCUUAAGGCAGGAGUCCCCAACAUUUCUUACUUGUGAGCCACAGUCAAAUGUAAAAAGACUUGUAGAGCAACACAAGCACCAUAAAAGUUCAUGGAGGUGCCAAUUAAGGGCUGUGAUUGGCUAUUAGGCAGCCUCUAUACUCACUUACAGGAGGCUUUAUUUGGUAUGAAAUACUGUUUUUACUUAACCAAAAUUUGCCACUAAGUCAGGAAUUCAAAAAUAACUACCUGGUUUGGGGGCACUGGGAGCAACAUCCAAGAGGUUGAUGAGCAACAUGUUACCCCCGAGCCACUGGUUGGGGAUCACUGCCUUAAGGAGAUGGAGUAGGUUGAUGUAAAUUAGUCCACAUCUCAUGGAAAGGGUCCUGUGAGUGAGCAUGCCAACAGUGAGCUGCACGCCCAAUGAAAUUGCUGGAUAUUGUAGAAAUGGCUCUAGAGAAAUAGUGCCAUGUAUAAUACAGUACUAAAUCUAAAGUAUUCAGCUGGGGGGCUGGAAAACUAUGUGUAAAUGCUGGACAUUGUUAGGGUUUCUUUAUUUUGCUGAAAUGUGUGAAUUGUGUUAAAGAUAAUUUUGGAAUUAAAUAAAAAAUGAAAUAAAUGUAA